AUGAAUCCUAAGAAGAAGAGAGAAAGAUCCGAUAGACGGUGGUAUAAGAAGGGUGAGGGACGUGGGCGAAACCUCUUCGGAGCACCUGAAGGUUUCGGAGCGGCUCACGGGAUGACGGAAGCGGAAGUGACGGUGGGCGGGCCGGACCGCCCGCGCCACCCGCCCCCCGCCAGACACGCCCUAGCUCCCACGAAUGACGCUGCACCUCUAAUUAGCCGGUCAUUCAGAGACGUCACCGCAGUAAUCAGCACGGGUCAA